AUGGCCGCGGCCUCCGUCGUCUUGUGUCAGAGACGGCGGAUCCGCCGCUUCCCCAGGGUGGUCACGAUCAGCACGAUCGCCCCCAACGCCCGCGCCCUCCAUGUCGCCCUCCACGACCUCGCAACCUGCGCCAGCGCGUCCGCGGCCGCCCAGAGCGCGGCGUCGGCCGUGAUGGCGGCGGCCGAGGCGCAGGCGCUGGCCGCAACGGCCGCAGCGGCAGCAGCGGCAGCGGGGCCUCCGUCGGCGCGCGAACUCGGCUCAGGGCCCCCGCCCGCGCCCGCCCCCGGCAACGGCCCCCGCGUGAGCCCUGGGGGCAAGGUGGAAGCCGAGCCAGGCGGAACCGGACGGCCCCCGAGGCCAGCAGCGCUCGCGGCGCCCUCGGCGCCGGCGGCGCCCGCGGCGCACGCUGCGCCCGCGGCGCCCGCAGCGCCCGCGGCGCCCACGGCGCACGCGGCGCUGGCUGCGCCCGCGGCGCCCGCGGCGCCCGCGGCGCUAGCGGCGCCCGCGGCGCCCACGGCACCCGCGGCGCCAGCAGCACCAGCGGUGCCCGCCGCGCCCGCGACCGCCGCAGCGCCAGCAGGGGUGGCGGCGCCGGCGACGCGGGCAGCCCAGGCAGCCGCCCGCCGGCGCCGUCAGCGCGCCGCCGCCAUCGGGGCCGACGCCGGCCCCCGGGCGCGCAAGCCGGCUUGGCUUCCCUUGGGCCCGGGUGCUUUGAGCCAGAGGCUUGAGCCAGAGGCUACGGCGAACGCCCGCUGGCUCCCGGAGCUAGGCCGCCUAGAGGACGAGUGGUUCAUCGCGACGGUCUCCGCGAGCGUGAAGUCUCUCCUGUUCCACGCGCACAGCUGGCUGGGAGUCUCCCGCCUGCUGCAAGCGGUCCACGCAGCUGGCGCAAGCUGCCCCGUGGAAUUCAUCAGGUGGACCUGCACCCAGCUGCUCGGAGUCCUCUGCAGGGCGGCCCCCAUCCUCACCGUGCCCGACGGCGAGGAGGAGAUGCACAGCGACGUGGGGGACUGGUGCGAGUGCCUCGCCCUGCUGCUGCCGCGCACGGGCGACAGCUGCCGGGCCGUGGUGGCGGUGGCCAUAGACGCGGUCCAGCAACUGCUGUCCCGCUGCGAGUGGACGGCCACGGUGCACAUUGGCCCACCAGGCGAGGUGGCGCCCUCCGUGGUGGAGGAUCAGAGCCUGAAGCACGCCUGCGCCAGCGAGAAGCCGGCCCUGGAGCGCGGGGACGGCGGCGACCCCGCGCCGCCCUCGCAGCAGCUGGUCAGCGCCCUCGUCGCGAGGCUGCCGCCCUCCGCCAUACCGCCGCUCGUACAGCACCUGAUGCCGGCCAUGCACGAUGCGGACAGCCACGCCGCUCUCAGCGGCGUGGAUGCGCUCUACCUCAUUCUGCAGGCCUGCUGUGAGAAACUUAGCGGCGAGCGAGCGGCCAACCUCAUCUCGACCGUAUUCGAGGAGGUCGAGAAGGUCUCCCACAGCUCGGUGCGGCAGCUCGUCCUCUCCUGCAUCAAGGUGCUGGCGCUGCACCACUUCGAGUCGGCCGUCGGGGAACUGCUGGACACUGGCCCGGACUUCAACGCCUCGAUCCUGGGGGCGCUGCAGGUCCUUGCGAAGGAGAAGGCGCUGCUGCUGCGGCUGCUGAACCACUUCACAGACACCCUCAACAACUCCGACCCCGGCACGCUCAAGCGCCCGAACCGCUUGAUGCUCGCAGCCACCGUCGCCCUGGGCCACCUGUUCACGGUGAACGAUUCGUCCAUCGGCAUGGUGGUGAAGAAGUAUUUCCCGCAGCUGUUCGGCACCUUCCUGCUGCGGAUAGGGACCACCACCGAGGGCCUCGCCGCGCAGCAGACGGCCGGGGCGCUCAUGAACUUCCUGCACGCCUCGCAGAACGACUCCAUGGCCAUGGCCUUCGAGGGCAGCCGGCUCUCGAAGGUGACGCGCGAGAUGUACGACGAGGUCAUCUGCGACCUGGCCAUCAUGUUCUGCCGGCACCACCCCGCGAAGAGGGACGCGUUGCUGCAGUUCAUACACCCGUUCUUGGUGCGGCCGUUUCCUGGCCAUCGCGUGGCCACCGCCACGACCUUGUCGCAGCUGCUGCUGAGCGGCAGCGACCAGGGACUCAGUGGCGAGCUCAUCUCCGCGGUCGUUCAGAGCCUCCUGCGCUGCACCGAGGACUCGCACAGCACCGUGCGGAAGCAGGGCAUGCGCGGCAUCGGGCACCUCAUCCACUUGUGGCAGCAGGGCGUCGCGGAGGACGUGCGGGCCGACGAGGACCUGGUCCUGCGCAGGGUGCUGCCGGCCGCGUGCCUGGGCCUCACGGACGCGAGCGCCGCCGUGCAGAGGGAGGCGGUGUUGGCCGUCCAGAGGGCGUGCCAGGUGGACCGCGCGCCCCGCGAGUGGCGGCGCCUCCUGCUCCGCAGCAGCGUCCACCUGCAGCCACUCGUGGACGCGGAGGACGUGCAGCUGCGCACCGCCAGCCACGAGCUGCUGGGCCAGCUGUGCGCGCUGGCGGACCCGGCCGAGGCCCUCGAGGACUCGGUCGAGGAGCGGGAGGCCAGCCGGGAGCUGUCCCGGACGCUGGAGCUGCUGCUGGUGCACUGCACCGUGCGGCUGGAGGACGCCAGCCCCGCGGUAGCCUCGGCGGCGUGCCGCUGCCUCCAGACGCUGGUGGCAGCGGCGCUGCCAGAGCUCCCGCGCGCCAAGGCGGCGGAGGCCGUCGAGCUGCUGCAGCGGCGAGAGCAGGGGGCGCUGGCCUUCGAGCCGUUCGUCUUCCCCUUCGUGGCGCUGAUGCAUCGCGAGGGGGAUCCGGGGCUCGUGGUGCGGCGCCUGGAGAUCUGCCGGUCCUACUUCACGACCGGGCACGGGCCCGCCGCGCCAGAGCCGCCGCCGGCGGAGGCCGAGGCCAGCGAGGAGAGCCUGGAGGCCGCCGCCGGGCCCGUGGCCCCUCGCGGGCCCGGCGCGCACGGGCUGCAGACCUGCAUCGCGGCCGGCUUCGUGGUGGCGGCGAUCGUCCGUUGCCUGGAGGACGUGUCCCAGCGCCCCUCGCCGCUAGUGUGCGGCAUCUGCCGGGACUUGAUGGCCUUGGUGGCGGUUGAGGACUCCGACUUCCGGGCGCACGUUGCUCGGAUCCUCGGCUUCUUCGACAUCCUCACCAGGCCGGGGUGCCCGUAG